UUCGCUAGAGCCGAACGUGCGCCGCAGCUCGCGCCGGCAGCGAUCGAGUGUGCAUUCGUUACUUCGCGAUCGAUAUUGUGAACUUGGUGCAGUCGGUGAAGAUACGUGCGUGCAUUUGAAGUGAAAGGAUAAUUGCCAAAACUGAGAUGCUCGUGACUUUUGAACUAAAGUGCUAGCCGAUUGCAUAUUCAGAAAGAUGAAUUGAUCCACUGUUUUACAGGUCCUAAAAGAUGGGUGCGCCAGCAUGGGGCUCGCGCGGCGGCGGCGACCGGCCGCGACUCCUGCGCAUGACGCCGCUGAGGCACAGCUUCGCCGCGCCCGCGUCCCCGCCCGCGCCGCCCGCCCGCACACACGACUACGCCUCCGAUGCGGACACUAACAAGAAAGAGGACAGCUGGAACGCAAACCUGUCACAAAGAUGGAGGAAACUACGGCGCAGAUGUUCCAGAUUACGCCCUGGUUCGGGAAACCGUGAACCGAGCCCUGUACGAUGCUCGCCUUCGCCGCCUAGACCACCACCCCACUGCUCCCCCGCCCCACCGUCAAAACUGUCUUUCAGACACCGAGGAAAAGUAUACACGACAGCAUCCCUCCGCGUUACCAGUGGUGCACCUGAUUUAUUAAGAGCCCUCGGAAAACUAGGUGGAGGGCUGAGGAGGCGAGCGUUAUCAGCGCACGACGUGCUAGCACCGCCCCAGCAGCAGCCAGCUACAUUCUAUGUUCCUAGCCCGACAGCUGUCCGACAGCCAGCAUCACCUUCUCCACCUCGACAAUCUGCAACAUUGAGGAGGCGAUGUAGCUCCCCAAACGUCUACAGAGCGAAUAAAGGUUCUCCUGCGCCUAGGGAGCGGACGCCUUUGAUAAAUCAAGAAGAUGAAAGUAGAGACGUUGUUGAUUUCACAUACGUCCCUGAAAGGAGAAAGAAUAGCAGCGAAGGGAGAAGCAGGAGGCCGUAUAGUGAGAACGUAGAGUUAGAUGUGCCAGUUUAUAGAAAUGGUUACAGCCGCCUUUCAUCAGAAGCGUCGCAGCGGCUGUGGGAAGAGCCGUACCGACUACCUCGCGUGCAGGCUCGACAGGAGCCAAUGCAACAGUUACGCAACUGUGUAGCGGAGCUUCGCGUGAGUGCAACGCCAAGAUCUGCACGACCGCCGCCUGCGCCGCCGUCAACGACCCAGAAUAAGCGACCCCCGGCACCUGAGCCGAGAGACUCUCACACGUUUGAGGUUCGAUUUACUAAGUCAGCUGGCGGCAAGGGGCUUGGGUUCAGCAUAGUUGGAGGACGCGAUUCUCCACGAGGUGACAUGGGCAUCUUCGUAAAGACUAUAUUCAACAAUGGGCAGGCAGCUGAAUCAGGAUUACUGAGAGAAGGUGACGAGAUCGUGUCAGUGAACGGUCGUGGCACUGCAGGCCUGACACACGGUGAGGCCAUCAGGCUAUUCAAGGACGUACGCGCUGGCCCAGUGCUGCUCAGAGUGGCUCGGAGGUCUCCUGCGCGCUGACUGCCCUGCGCCUGCUGCGGUCAAACCGCGCAGGCGCCUAACUACUCCACUUUGUAACCAUUAAAAUGUAACACGACAUAUUUAACGCGUUCAAUGAAGCCAAGGAUUGGCAGUCGAGACAGUGCCACCAUUUUGAAAUGGCUUAAAAAGUAAUUAAGGUGUGCCCUUGAUAUUAAUGCAACAUAAGGUUGUAUAAAGUUAUGGCGGUAUUAGGAGAAACAUUGCCUUUUCUGUAAAACAUUAGGUAAAUAAUUUUCGUGUACGAGUAUGAUAGUCCACUACAUAAUUUAGUGGUCGUUUUUACUGAUCGAUCACACAUGACUGACCAAAACUACAACUAGAUGAACUAGAUUACCCGCUCCGAUAGUAAAAUAUUUAAUGGUCAAAGACUAUGAAUGUAAAGAGAAAAACAGAUAUCAUCCAUUGAAAAGGUUAGUUCACCUCUGCCACAUAGAAAACACAAAAACCGAAAAGAAAUAUUUACUUACUUAAGAUCUGUAUGUAACUUUUCUCGUCUUUUAGACGACGACUAAACUUAUAUCAAGUGUAACAAAUAAUAUAGUGCCAAAGAUCCUAAAAAAAUGGUAACACUACUAA